AUGAGCGAGCUUGCAAAUGAGAAGGCGACAUGCAGCACUUCCGUCGAGACUGGACCUGCCCACAUCACAGAGAAGACUCAUCAAUGGGACCCAAACCUGAAACAGAACAAGAUUGACGAGCUACAUGCAGCGACUGUUGAUGGCGACCCUGAAGCGAUUAAAAAAGUAGAGAAAGACUUCCUUGAGGAUUCCCCUUACGAGGAGGUGAGAGCUGCGGUGCGAAAUACAGAUGGCGGAGAGCCUGCAAACACGGUCCGAGCAUGGGUACUCGGCAUGCUCUUCGUUACUGUUGCAUCCGGCAUAAACAUGUUCUUGUCGAUGCGAAGCCCGGCCAUCAACUUUCCAAACAUUGUGGUGUUAUUAGUGGUAUAUCCCUUCGGAGUUCUGUGGGCUAGAGUGAUGCCAACGAAACAAUUUAACACCUUUGGUAUCAAGUGGACACUGAAUACGGGCCCUUUCAAUAUCAAGGAGCAUGCUGUCAUCACAAUUAUGGCUGGCAUUUCUAUCAAUUACGCAUACUCCACGGAUGCUCUCCUGGCCCUACUAGCAAAGCCGCUCUACAAUCUUCCCAUGUCAUGGGGCUUUCAACUACUUUUCACGCUCAGCAGUCAAGUGAUAGGAAUCGCUCUCGCAGGCCUUUUUCGCCGAUUCUUGGUUUGGCCUGCGGCCAUCAUUUGGCCAAAUCAAUUCUCUAACGCUGCAUUGCUUCAUGCCUUCCAUGCCCCCAAAGCUGUUGAAGAGGAUGCAAAUGGAUGGCGCAUUUCCCGGAUGCGAUACUUUCUAUAUGUAAUGGGCGGGAUGUUCGUGUACUAUUGGUUCCCCGGAGUCAUUUGGCAAGGCCUACAGGUCUUCGCGUUCAUCACUUGGAUCAAACCUGACAAUGUAGUGGUAAACCAGCUCUUCGGUGGUUAUACCGGCUUGUCCCUCAUACCAAUCACCUUUGAUUGGACCUAUGUGUCAAGUUACCUACAAGAUCCCCUGCUUGCGCCAGCUCAUGCGCAUAUCAAUACUCUUAUUGGAUUGGUCGUUUUCGUUAUCAUUACUACCCUCGGUAUAUCCUUUACCAACUCUUGGUAUGGCGACUAUCUGCCCAUCAACACCUCAACCACCUUCGACAAUACACAAGCUGCAUACAAUGUCACCAAAAUCCUUGGACCAAAUUUCACGUUUGAUCUGGCCAAGUACAAGGAAUACUCGCCCAUGUUCCUGGCGCCGACAUUGGCAUUGAACUACGGCUUGAGCUUCGCAGCACUGACCGCAUCUAUUGUUCACGCGAUUGUUUUCCACCGUAAAGAGAUCUGGUAUCGAUUCAAGGCCGCACGGAACCAAGAGCCAGACAUUCACAUGAAGCUCAUGAUGAAGUACGCUCCUUGCCCCGAUUGGUGGUACGGCAUUCUCUUUGCCGUAUCUGUUGCCUUCGGCCUCGCAACUAUCCUCGCGUACGAUUCCCAAAUCCCAUGGUGGGCAUACUUCGUCUCACUUAUCGUCGCUCUUAUCUUCAUCAUACCAACAUGCAUGAUCUAUGGCAUCACGAACAUCAUGCUUUCGCUGAACAUCAUAUCGCCUUUUCUUGCUGGAUAUAUGAUUCCUGGCAAACCAAUUGGCGUCAUGAUCUUCAAGGUCUACAGUACAAUAACCUUGGGACAGGCACAGCUUUUCUCGGCCGACCUGAAACUUGCGCACUACAUGAAGAUCCCGCCAAAGACUGCAUUCACCGCGCAGCUCGUCGCAACGAUCUGGGCGAGCUUUGUGCAGAUCGCAGUCAUGAACUGGACAUUGGGAAACAUCCCGGACAUUUGCACUCGCUUACAAGAGAGCAAUUUUACCUGCCCCAACGGCCGUGCCUUCUUUUCCAGCAGCAUUGUCUGGGGAGUCAUCGGCCCCGAUCGCAUGUUCGGACCUGGCUCUACCUACUCUUCAAUCCACUACUACUGGCUCAUCGGCGCCGCGUUGCCCAUCAUCUUCUUCUUCCUCAUGCGCGUAGCUCCGAAGUCACCACUCCGCUACCUCAAUGCCCCAGUCAUGCUAGGGGCAAUGGGCUGGCUUCCGCCGGCAACCCCACUAAGUUUCUCGUCCUGGGCGCUCUGGGGCCUGAUUUUCAAUUACUGGAUCAUGCGCAGGUUCCAUGGGUGGUGGCACAAGUACAACUACAUCACGGCGGCUGGGCUUGACGCUGGCCUCAUUAUCUCCACCAUCGUUAUUUUCUUUGCGAUCACGUUCAAGGAGUAUUCGAUUCCGUGGUGGGGCAACGAAAAGCCGUUCGAGACGACGGACUACCUCAACACUGCGAUCCGUAAGCCUGUAGCCGACGGGGAAACAUUUGGGCCUAAGACAUGGUAA